AUGGACUCUACUGAUAUUUAUGCCAACAACCCAGACGACGACUCCAACUUCAACAAAGACGACUUUGCCGAGUCGUUGAAGGCCUGCACUGUCAUCAAAAGCGCCGGCGUCGCGUUAUUCAGAAACAGCGAUUUACCAGAAUCACUAAACAAAUUUAUGAAAUCGUUGAAAUAUUGCAAUGAAUUGAUGCCAACAGAUUCUUCUAUAUCGCCAUUGUAUACAGGUUUUCUCAAUUUGAAGAAGUCUCUAUUUCUCAAUGUUUCGUUGAUUUACUUGAAGCAAAAUAAAUAUCACGAAUCAAUCAAGUACUGCAACUAUCUCAUCGAACUAAAAGAAUCCUAUCCAGAUUUCGAUCAAACAGUCUCUGAGAAAGAUUUAACAAAAUGUUACUAUCGAUUGGGUAAAAACUAUUUGAAUUUGAAGAAAUAUGAUCAAAGUCUAAAAUACCUACUCAAAGCAAAUAAUCUCGAUCCAAUUGACAAAUUAAUUAAAUCAGAUCUACAAAACUGUCAAUCAAUAAUAACUCGCCAAAGGGAAAAUGAAAAAUCAAAAUAUUCAAAAUUCUUCAACUAA